UCACGUGACCUCUCUGUUUACCAAAAUGGUGAUCCUCUCUUUUUCAAACGAUUUUUAACUAAUUUAGCCACCUCCCGUAAAAUUUUCAGCACUAAAAAAAUUUAUUUUCGUCAGUGAAAUUUCAAAAUUUAUUUGAUAGGUUUAACCAUAAUUUUAAAGAAGCCAAAUGUUACGCAUGAAUGCACUCUGGAAUCUCUCCUUAUAGAGUGUAAUCUGCAUUGUUUCUCUUUGAUUUCCUAUCUUUUUCUCAUUGUUUAUACUUAUAAAAGUCAAAAAUUAUGAAACAAGCGGAAUUCAUUGAUGUUCGUCAGUGCGGUUAAAGUUGUUUUUCAUCAACGACCGAUUAUUAUCAUCGCAGGAUACAAAUCAAUUUCAAGAUUCUAUUUCUAAUGAAGAAAAAAAAACAUUCGAGGCUUGGAUAUGACUAGAAUUUGUGGGGAAAAAAAAUUACGACCUAAUAAUAUUGACACGAAUGGAAAAAAAAUCUCACUUGAAAUUGAGAUGGUGACCGAAGUUGUCCAAUUACCUUCCAAUUGAUAUGUUAUUCACUACAAAAAGUUGUGACUGCAGGUGAUCUCAAAUGCUGGUUAUCAGGGGCGCAAUAAAAGGCAUCUAAAUGUCGCUCCGCAUCCUAGUAUAGCAUCACCUGCAACGGCCAGGAGUUAUCUAAUCAUGGCCACCAAUCAAGUGGAUUACCAGUGGGCUUAUUCUAUAAUGGACUCGUCCAGGGUAUCCACUUUUUUAAUAUCGAUACUGCUGAUUGUUUAUGGCAGUUUUCGAUCUCUGAAUAUGGAGCAAGAAGCAAGAGAACGGGAAAAAGAGAAGGAGAGAAAUAAUCUUUUAUCUGGUAUUCCAAACACUGGAAAUGGAGAAAAUUCAGGGGGAAGUGUGCAGACAUUAGAUACAAUGCAUGCUCUUUGUCUACCUCUUGGUGCUUCCAUAUCGCUGCUCGUCAUGUUUUUCUUUUUUGACAGUAUGCAGAUGCUGUUUGCAAUUUGCACAGCGAUUAUAGCCACUGUUGCACUGGCAUUUCUUCUGUUACCAAUGUGUCAGUAUAUAAUUCGUCCCUGUUCAGACGGUAAUAAAAUAUCAUUUGGCGUCUGUGGAAGGUUCACGGGAGCAGAAUUAUUAUCAUUUUCAUUGAGUGUCAGCAUAGUUUGUAUAUGGGUACUGACUGGUCAUUGGUUACUCAUGGAUGCUAUGGGAAUGGGUCUGUGCGUUGCAUUUAUAGCUUUCGUCCGACUCCCUAGUCUCAAGGUUUCCACGUUGCUUCUCACAGGACUUUUAAUCUACGAUGUCUUUUGGGUCUUUUUUUCAUCUUACAUAUUCAGCACAAAUGUUAUGGUUAAGGUAGCUACACGUCCUGCGGAUAAUCCAGUGGGUUUGGUUGCUAGGAGAUUUCACUUGGGAAGUGUUGCAAGAGAAGCGCCAAAAUUAUCAUUACCUGGAAAAUUAGUAUUCCCAUCGAUGCAUCAGUCGGGACAUUUUUCAAUGUUGGGUCUUGGCGAUGUUGUGAUGCCAGGACUUUUACUUUGCUUUGUAUUAAGAUACGAUGCAUAUAAAAAGACUCAAUUAAUGCCCGGUGGUUGUGAGGCGGGCGUACCUCCACCUCGACAUCUCAGUCGCAUCAGCUACUUCCAUUGCUCUCUCAUUGGUUAUUUUCUUGGUCUACUUACUGCCACAGUCAGCUCCGAGGUGUUCAAAGCUGCACAGCCUGCCUUAUUGUACCUCGUGCCCUUUACAUUAUUGCCAUUGCUCACAAUGGCAUAUUUAAAGGGGGAUUUACGUCGAAUGUGGAGUGAACCUUUCAUAUCUCAAGUACCAACAAAACACAUGGAGGUUUGACAGCUCUCUAUGCAUUCUCGCAAUUUCUAUUGGACAUGUUCUUAUAAGCAUCUCAUUCAUUUUUUACAUCAGUAUCAUUUCUACGUAAGUAAUCCUCUCGUUUCAUCCUAGAUGAGACAUUUUUUUAUUCUCGUCAUUAAGAUGUUAACGUAAUUUACAUCAACAGAAAAAAAUGAACAAGGACUGUAUGUAACUAUAGGUAUAUAUAUUAUUAUUAUUCAGUGAUUUAUUUAAUUUUACAUAGCCUGUUAAAAAAGAGAGUGGAGUAACAAAAAAGAAAGUGUUGUCAUUUAAAGAAAAGCGAACAAAUAAGAAAAUCGAACAAAAAGAAAAAAGAAAAAUUGAACGAAAUUAUUAUUAAUAGGUAUUGUAAUCAGACAUAAGGAAUUAUUUCAUAUUAAAAUAUAUACGAUAUGAGAGUCAUAUCGUGUUCUUAAAUACGAAUUUUAUGAUAUACGAUUAGUGGAAAAUUUUUGAUGCUUGUUAAUUCCUUUUAUUCUAGUUGUAGAGAAAAGAUAAAAAAAACAAUUUUCGGAUUUAAAAUCUUGUUGAAUAUUUACAGUUUUAUGUGAUCAUGAAAAAAAAGUUUUUAGAACAAAAAAAAAGAACUAAGUGUGUACAAAAGUAUUCACUAAAUAUGGAUUCACUAAAUACCAUGAAGGAAAUUUUGUGGAUAUAUUACCAAUUUGAAAAAUUAUGUUUCCAUAUGUGAAUAUGAACUGUAUUUAAUUUUUGAAAUCCUUUUAUUUUCAAAAAAAACUCCACUCUAAACGUUGUUAUUAGUAUAUUAUAUAUUAUAUAUAUUGAUAUAAA